ACAACAUUGGAGAUGAAGAAGAAGACUGAAAAACACGGAAGUUUGUUUGUUUCGUAAAAUGUGGAGUGAAAAACUGCAGUAAACUGAGCCAAGUUUGAACUGUAGCGGGUUGAAUGUGAACAGAUCGGCUGAAUGAAGAGUUAUUGUUUCCAUUUGAGCAGAAAUGUCGCAUUUUAAGGAGCACAUCGAUGCUGCGAGGCGGCUUUAUGAACGAUACACGGAGUUUGUGAGGAGGAACCCUGCAGCUACAGCUCAGCUGGAGAACACGGUCCGAACCCUGUCCUACCUGAUAGCAGGGAGGUUUGCUGACUCUCAUGAGAUCUCUGAGCUUGUGUACUCAGCCUCCAACCUACUGGUCCUGUUCAACGACAGCAUUCUGCGCAAAGGACUGAGAUGCAGCCUCUCUGUGCCUCUGUCUCAGCAGAGACUCCUCACCUGGCUGUCGGUGCUGGAGUACGUGGAGGUGUUUCUGGAGAUAGGAGCUGGAAAGCUGUGGGGGGAGGCGGGCCGUUGGCUGGUCAUUGGACUCAUUCAGAUGUUUAAGGCAGUUUUCCGCCUCGUUCUUCUCCUGCUGUACAAAUCUGGCCUGCAGACUUCACCUCCCAUAAUCCCCCUGGACAGAGGGUCUGAAUGUGUCAGUGAAGAUGACCCUAACGCUGAGCAGCAGGAAGACACUUGCUUCGUGGGUCCAAGGUCGGGUCGGGUCAUCAGACCUCUAGGCAGCGCUCCAUCGUUGCAGAACCGGCUGUGGGGAGCCCCGACACAGAGGAAGAGGAGGAGCAGCCUGAAGGAGAAGACCAACAGCAGGCAGACAGAUCUGAGCUUCCAAGAGACACUCGCCGAGUCAGUUUACAUCAGCCGUCCCCUGGUGCACCUCCUGUGUCUCGGACUCUGUGGGAAGCAGUCGUGGAAGCCGUGGCUGGUCUCUGCCGCCCUGGAGCUGUCCAGCUUCGCCGUCCUCAGCGACGCUAAGUUUGAAAACCGAUGGGAAAAAGCUGAGAUGAAGAGGCGAUCCUUCCUGUUGAGCUACUACCUGCUGCGCUCGCCGUUCUACGACAAAUACUCUGAAGAAAAGAUCCUUUUCCUGCUCAGACUUCUGGCAGAUCAUGUUCCAGGAAUCGGACUCGUGGCGCGUCCUCUGAUGGAAUACCUCCCCACCUGGCAGAAGAUCUACUUCUAUAACUGGGGAUAAACCUUCAUGGGUGGAGCUGCGUGGAUGUUCCUGCUCCUCCUGGAAUAUAGACUAACAUUCCCACCAGUCCUGGGAAAACCGAUGUGGAAACAUGAUUUUGCUCUCAGAUUGAAAUAAUUGUUCGAUCAGGUUUGACCUGUUCGUGUACAGAGGUCAGCCAUGUGGAGUUUCUCCAUUCCUCCAGCCUGUGAUUUACACUCAGUCAUUUCCCUGACAGGGUUGUAUAAUUUAUGGGGAGAUCUUUGAGAAGGUACAUUCCAUUCCUGCAGGUCAGAGAGCAGGAACACUUUCCCAGAACUGUUGAUUUUCCUCCAGAGAAACUUCUCAGUUUAAUCCUAAUUAAUUUCCCUGCUGAAAUAAAGACGAACUGGAUGAGACUA